AUGGUGUGGGGGUUCUAUGUCACGGUGUUCAGUCACCACUUCAUUGUGAAUGGACCAUGGCUUAUUAACUCACCCUUUUUGUUGGAAACUCCAAUCAGACUGAAUCUCCUUAGAGACCAAACGAAGCCCAUCUUGGGAGCUGGCCAGUGCUUUAUCUUCCUGCUCUUAUAAGGGCCAGCUAAGUCAGUUCCUCCCUCGCUCACCUCUCAACACCUUUCUGUGUGGUUCCGGACCACCUGUUGAAGCCCCAGCAUGCCUGGCUCUGAGUCCACAGAAUUAUUGGGAAAAGGAGGCCCAAGCACACUGAGAAAACACCGAGGCAAAGGCAUGGCUGGGAUCCCAGCACAGAGCCCGUCCUCCCGCAGUUAAGUCUUGGCUGAGCUGAGCCCUUUCCUCAUAGUGUUUGGCUUGGAUGCUAGACUAGGUCCCAGGAUGUCCUGUGAGGAUAUAGGCAUGGCCAGGCCACAGGAGCUGACCUCCAUCAACUCUAUAGUAGACAAGAGCCUCUUGAGACCUGGGUCCUGGUUCCUAAAUGAAAGACACACUUCCCUCUGUGUCUCCAAAUUCUUCAUCUGGGCUUGA